AUGCCUUCAACGAAACGACUGCAUUCUGAUAACAGGAUUUCAGAAAACUUGAAAGAAAAGAGUCAAAAUUUAAGCGACUUCAAAUUAAAUCAUACACUAUACAUCAAAAAUCUUAAUAAUAAAAUCAAUAAAUCUCAAUUGAAACACACAUUGUAUCUACUUUUUUCAACUUUUGAUGAUAUACUAUCAAUACGGUUUGGUUCAAAUGUUCAUGAAGCAUUCAUAGUAUUUUCCAAUUCAAAAGCAGCUACAUUAGCAAUGAGAAGUUUACAAAAUGAAAAACUUUAUGGGAAAGAGAUGUUAAUUAGUUUUUCAACACAUGAGUCUAAAAUCAUCGAAUCACUUAAAGAUAGAGAAGUUAAGGAUGAGGAUGAAAAUGAUGAUGAUGAUUCCGUUCUACCAACUUACGAUUAA